CAUUACGCGGUAUAGUUGGAUGCAUGCGUUACAACGUGAUACUCUUUCUCCUGCUGGCAAGUUGCAAUGCUUUUCCGUUUGUCGCGCUUGUACCGUUCUCAGUAGCGAUAACGGGAGUAAUAUACAAGUAUCGUCUAAACUGUCUCCUAUAUGAAUGCUGUUCUUCAGCCGUUCACUUCAACAAAACAAGCUUGGAACGAUCGCUUUCGGAUGAAUUGCAUGGUCAGCAUAUCGCAGCUGAGCGUGUGUAUCAUCAUUUAGUCGAUCAUAUUUCUGGUGGUUUGCCACAAAAGCCUCUAGCAUUGUCAUUUCAUGGAUACACUGGUGUUGGGAAGAAUUUUGUUUCAAAUAUUAUCGCGAAUAAUGUUUUGAAAUUGGGAACAAGGAGUCGGUUUUACCAUUUCUAUGAUGCGACAAUACACUUCAAACAUGCCUCCCAUAUUCCGGAGUAUAAGGAACGCCUUUAUCGAGAUCUACAUACAGCUGUUUCCGAGUGCCCUACAUCAAUAUUUGUUUUUGAUGAAAUGCACAAUAUGCCUCAUGGAAUAUUGGAUAUAUUGUCACCUUUGCUAGAGGUCCGUGAAACAGUUGAAGGCGUUGAUUUUAGAAAGUCAAUAUUCAUCUUUUUGAGUAAUGCUGGUGGUAAUUAUAUCAAUAGGCGUACGUAUGAGCAUUUAGUUGGUGGAAAGAAGCGAGAAGAUCUGCGUUAUACAGAUGUCGAUCGCUUUUUAGCCAAAUCGGCAUUUAAUAAUGAAGAUAACCGAUUAGUUUUCAUAUAAGGGAAUCCCUAUGGCUUGAAGCUGAGUACAAAAAUCUACAUUUGAUCAUUAAAGUGGCCUUCAGUACUCUGAGCUAAUUACUAAACAUCUGAUCACAGCUGUUAUUCCAUUCUUGCCAUUACAGCCGACCCAUGUUAGAAAAUGUGUUCAAGAUGCUGCUAAGCGACGUAAUGUCACAUUUUCCGAGGAUAUGGUUCAAUUUGUCCUGGAUGAACUUGAAUGGUCACCGGAAGGGAGCAAGUUCUUCUCUGUUUCAGGUUGUAAAAGAGUCUAUGAAAAAGUUGGAUUUUAUCUACAACAAUUGUAACAUUUGUCAUUUCUUUAGAAUUAUCAUUUUCCUGUCUAUCAAAUUUAAAAAACACUAUGUUGUACAUAAUAUUAUAUUGCGUACCAUCUACUAAGUAUUUUUCUAUUGUCCACAUUUUUGAAAUGAUCGUCUGCUGAUAUAUGCAAUUUAUAAUCUUGUCGAAAUUAUCUUAAUAUUUUUUGCCAGUUCUAGUAAUUCUAAAUUCAGAUUGAAUUUAUGCAUUUCUCUUCAUUAGGUUCCUUUUUUUCGUGUAAUCUGUUAAAUAUAGACAAAGGAUUUGA